UUUACAUAUGGAUUAAAAAUUUUAAUGCCUACAAUAUUUUUUUCCACUGAGCAUGAGUUAUAUUUCAACAAUUUAGUUAAAGCUACCCAAUAUGGUGAUGUAGCAGGAGUUAAAAGAAUAUUAAAUAAGUUUUAUUUAAUAUUUUCGAACCGCAAAGAUUUUGAUGAUACAGAAAGUGUAUUAUGGAAUGUUAAUGAUGAGCAAUUUAACCUACAUGAUAUCCAUGAAAAUUUAUUAUAUAAAGAUAUAAACAAUUAUAUUGUUAACCAUUUGGACCAAGAAAAAUGUUCCCUACUUCAUUGGUCAGCAAUCAAUAAUAGAGUUAAUCUGAUUCAACUUUAUCUUAGGAUAGGAGCUCAAGUUGAUAUAUCUGGUGGUAUUCUACUAUCUACACCUCUGCACUGGGCUGUGAGACAAGGUCAAUUAAGUGCAGUUGUGUGUUUAAUUACUGAAGGUAAAGCUAACCCUUUAUUAGCAGAUACAGAAGGUUUAAAUUCAUUGCAUUUGGCAUCACAAUUUGGUCAUUCCACAAUUUUACUUUACUUACUAAGUAAAGUGUUAAUUUUAACAUUAAACCAAGAAAAUGUAAGAACACAUAAUCAAGAAAAAAUUACUUCAAUAAAUAUAGAAGAAUCUUUUAAAAUUGAUUUAAAUUUUAGAGACCAGGUAUUUUUAUAUAUGGACAAGCCAUUGAAUCAAAGUAAUAAUGUUAUGCUGGAAUGGUCUAAAAUUAUUGAUGGUAACACGAAUCAAAGUGGUCUUAGUCCUUUGAUGCUUGCUUGUGAAAAAUGUUAUACAUCUGACAUAUUCCGAAUAUUAAUUAAUUUUGGAUCUAAUAUUUAUGGCAAAAAUAGUUUUUCCCAACAAACACCUAUUCAUUAUGCUGUUAAUUCUACAAAUAUUGCUGCUAUUUCAAACUUGCUAUCAAUAGAUCCUACAUUAACAACACUAAAAAAUGGUCAUGACCUGACAGCAUUAGACUUAGCUAAACAACAAUCUCAAGCAUACAUCAAAGACAUUUUAUUAGCAGCUGACCGUCAAACAAAUUUAGUUAGGUUCAAUUGUUAUAUUCCAUCGAUUCUAUACAAACCGUGGGCUAGAAUAUUUUCAAUAUCAUAUGAUCCAUCUACAAGAUAUAAAUUAUUUGUAAUCAAAGCCACCAAGAUAACCCGAAACUACACUAUGGCAUUAGCGCCGCUCAUAUUUUUAGUCGUAUUUGGGGCCAUCUUACAAAGUUCGAUCACACUAAGGUCGAAAUUUGUUUUAUUCGCUACGCUUUUAGUAUCGAUUAUAACUUCCGAACGUCUAUUCUUCGACAAAGACGCCCUCGUUAUAUUACCCCUUUCUGUUUUCUUUUCCACGGCACUCUGCCUUUACCUAACCUGGUUUACGCACUACGUUCCGGCCGUUUCCACCGCGUCAAUCCCUUAUCAAAUCGUUUUUUAUAUAGCCACUUUUUUGAUGUCGCGUUCAUUUUUGCGUUCAUGGAAAGCUGACCCGGGUUAUGUCGAAACACCAACCCUGGGUCAGGCUAUCAAAACAUUAUUAAAUCGUCAUCGACCAAAAUUAGACAGCCAAAAAAUAGUCGGUUCGGAAAUAGGUUUAAGGCUCUUUUUCGAACGUUUCAUGACAAAAUUUUCCACUCGAUACAAUCGACUACCAGCAUCUCAGUUAACAUCGGGCGAGUUAGUGGAUAUAAUACAAGCCCGUUUAAAGAUUAUGGUAAAUUAUAUAGAAAUGAAUGACAACUCGACAUUGGAAAGUUUUGGUUUUCGUCGAGAUCAGUAUUGUGCCACAUGUUUGUGUCUAAAAAAAGUUUCCGAUAGGGCAAAGCAUUGUAGCCUGUGCAAUCGAUGUGUCGCUGUCUUCGAUCACCAUUGUCCGUGGAUAGCUAAUUGCGUCGGAGGUAAAAAUCAUCGCGAUUUCCUGUUAUUCUUGAUAUUUUUGAGCCUUUGUUUAGGGCUUUAUUUGUACGCGGGCUUCGCCUAUUGGCAAAAUUGUCAAUUUUGUUUAACGGGAAAGGGUAAACAUUUUAAUCGGAAUCAUACCACGAAAUACUACUCAAAUAAUUACACUACUAAACCCGCAAAUAUAUCUGCACAAAUAUCUCUAAGCCAUACUUAUAUUUAUCUUAACUGGCUACUGACUCGUGAUCCUUGGGUAACCUGGUUCUACAUGCACGCGUGUUUGCACUUUACGUGGGUCGUAGCGCUUCUAGUGUGUCAGUUGCAUCAAAUAGGCAUGGGUGUCACUACCAACGAAAGAAUGGCAAGUUACAAACACUUGUACAGACGUCGUUUCUUGCCGACACGCCAUAAUGAUUACGAAGGAAUGAGCGAAAAUGCGGUGGGUAGGAGUUAUCGAUCCUCCAAUAGGAAACUUGAAUAUCAAGAGAUAGAAAAUUACGAUUCGGUCAAUAGUAGUAACGAAGAAGAAAUCGAAUAUGGUUCACCAUCAAUUCCCCAAAACGAUUUUUCCUAUUUUUCUUACUGUGUCAAAAUUCGUGAUUACGUUUCGCUUAAGGGUAUCGCCACUUAUUUGGACAAUGUUAAAACAUUUUUUUGGGUGACAACCAAAUAAUAUCUCGUGAUGAAACUUAUUUAUCACUAGGCGUCUAGUCAUGCGCACGCGUAGAUGUUUUUUUAUAAAUAUAAUUUUAUAGACAGCACAUUUUUAAAAAAAUUACGAAUUCGGCAAUCUCACAAUAGUUAUUUUUCAAAAAAAUAAAUAUUUAUAUAUUCGCAUCGUGUUUGUAUUAUACCUUUAAAGACAUUAUUUAAUUUUAUAUAAAAUGACGUAAAUAAAUAUGUCGCGAUGUAUUA